GAAGAUUUUAUUUUUUUAUUUAUGCAUGUAAAUACUAGCAUGUGCAAGAGUGUUUCUCUACAGGAGUAUCUGUUAAUGAAGAGAUGGACACUGCAGAGACAAUCAUUCUCUUCUGUUUCCUGUUAAAAGGUGUUUGCUGUAGAGAUUUUAGUGUCAGUCUGCCAGAGAAGAUUGAAGCUCUCAGUGGAUCCUGUGUGAUCAUAAAGUGCAGAUUUGAGAUUAAGAAAGAAUAUGACACAGACCUCACUGAGAGAGCUACAGGAGUGUGGUUCAAAGAUGAGACUCAAGUGAACAGCGUAGUGUUUAACUCAAGCACAUCAAGCCAGAACUCCGUCAUUAGAGGGAAUAUAACUGGAAAAUUAAAAGAUAAGGACUGCACCACUGUCUUUUAUGACCUCAGAUCAAGUCACAGAGGUCGGUAUUACUUCAGGAUUGAGGGUGAACGUGGACUGAAACAGACCUUUAAACAAGACAGUGUUUCAAUACAUGUGAUUGAGUCUCCCCACAAACCCAGAGUGCAGCUGUAUGUGGCGCAGGAUCAGGAGGAGGUGUUGGAGGGGAGCUCUGUGAGUCUGCGCUGCUCUGCUGAGACUCUCUGCUCCUCUCCUCCAGCAACUCUCACAUGGAGCUCCACUCCCAGAAUCCCCCUCAGUGAGAGCAGCAGACUACAGGAGCUCAUCUCUGAUCUGAACUUCACUGCUACUCACCGUGAGCAUGGAGUCACUUUCACCUGCACUAUAACCUACCAGCUACAGGACAAGAACAAAACAGCACAGGACAGCAUCACAGUACAUGUUCAGUAUGCACCUAAAAUCACUCCAUCCUCCAGCUGUAGCAGAACUGAUGUAACUGUGUGUUUCUGUGAGGCUGAUGGGAAUCCCUCUCCUGAACUGGAGUGGCAUCUGUCUGGACGUCCUGUCACUAACUCUUCAAACACGUUCAUCAGUGAAGAGCGAUUGAGCAGCACAGGCUUGAGGAGCUCCAUCACUCUACAUCAGUCUCUCACACACACAUCCACUCUGCAGUGUGUCAGUAACAACACUCGAGGCACUGCAAGAAAACUGCUUCAGCUGCCUUCAUCUGUUGAACGUUCGAAUCUUUUCUCUGUGCUGAUUGGAGUUGCUGUUGUGGCUCUGGCGGUUGUGUUGUUGUGUGCCGUUACAUAUACAUGUGUACGAAAAGGGAAUGGGAAACGUUCACAGGCUGCACAAGAAUGCACAAAGAGAAGAGCUCAAAAUACCAAUGAAGACAAUCAAGACGACCCUGUUUAUGUCGUGAUGUCAUCUGCUGAAGCCGGCACAGCAAAUCAAGACUAUCAAGACGUCAUUUAUUCCUCCAUUGACUUAAACUCUAAAUCACGAGAGGUCGGGAGUGACUCUUCACUUCUUUCUGACUACCCUGUGGUCCAGGAUUGUUCUGGAGGGCUGUCAAAGACCGAGAGCUCAAUAGGGGAGUCAAAGCAAUCAGAGGAAGAGCUGUUUGAAGACUCCUCUCAGCUUUACGCAAAGGUUAAACGCCGUAACCCCAGAAAACUGGAGACUUUGCCCUUCCUCUAUUAGUUUUUUCCCUAAAAAUAUAUUUCAGAUACUGUAUAUGUAAACAAGAGAAAAAUGUUAACAUUUAGCUCCAUUAUUGCUGACUCAUCACACAACUUUAGAGGUCACUGAUAGGUUGUGAAAUGUGUUGGUUAAAAACAGACAAGCAAACUGAUGAGUUAAAAGCAGUGGAGAAUACAAAGAUAAAAAAGGGUACUGUAAAAACUUGUAGGUCUUACAUUUAACUAAUUUGCCUUUAGUAUUUAAUCUUUUGUGUAUUACAUCAAUAUUCCCCAAAUUUCAAUUCUUUGGUGUUUUGAGGAAUGUUAAAUCUAUGGUAUUAUUUGAAAUCUCUUGGAUUUGCCAUGGAAUUUGGAAUGUGGUACAUUCUAGUUUAUGUAUAAUACUGAUUUCAAAGCAACAAAUAUUCUGGAGUAAAAGCACUUCUGAAUUAAUGAGUAUCAAAAUCAGUCUAAGAUUUUCAUUCGGCGCUUUUGAGGCUAAACUGAUGUGGCAACAAAGAAUCUGUGGAUUCUCAAUAGCAACCUGUGUGUGUGUUGUUUUAUUUUCUUUCAGUUUUUUAUAAUCAUAUAAUUACUCAAUUCUUCAAUUUAAUCAUAAUCGUUUACUAUAUGUAUAAUUUAACCGGAGUUAUUAAGAAUGAUGCAUAGAAGAGCAAUGUUACCACAUUAAUAAGAAAAACAGUUUCAACAUAUUUUAUCUGAUGUAACAUCUGAUUGUAUUGUACGUUAGCUGAUUUCCAACAUCUUUAAAUGUAUAUUUUUGAAGGGGAAAAAAAAAUCUAGUCUUAGAAAAGGUGUAUUUAAGUCAUUGUAUUUGAAUAAUUAAGAGUUAUGGAUAAAAAUUGCUUUCCUGUAGCUCAAAUAGUAGAGCAUGGCGCUAGCAAUGCCAAGAUCAUGGGUUCGAUUCCCAGGGAAAGCAAGAGCUGAUAAAAUUUAAAAACUGUAACUUGAAUGCAAUGUAAGUCGCUUUGGAUAAAAGCGUCUGCCAAAUGCGUAAAUGUAUAAAAAUUAACAUCAUGUAACAGACCCUUACAUUCUGUAGGGAGUGAAAUUAUUUUCUUUAUGAAAUUAACUCAUGAAGCCAAAACUCAGGAACUCACAGAUGCCAUGCAAUAAAGCCAUAAAACUAACCUGGAGAAGAGAUCUCCAAAGAGAACAAACCACACCACACUGACCAAACUUAUCUUCUUUGAUCAUUUACGACCCCCUUCUUCACCCUGCCAUCUGUGCAUUUCCCUCUUUCUCCCCGAAAGAGUUCACUCAAAGUUAAUUAAGGAUAUGCAAAUACCACAUAUCACGUAUCUUGUGAACCUGUUGUUUUCCCCCUUCAUGUUUGGUAUCAUUUUAAAAGUCUCUGUGCGAUUGGUAAACUGGUCUCAAUUUCACAGUAGUCACUUGUAAUAUGAGAAAGAUUGAAAACUUUCGUAGAAUCGUGUUCUGCUGAGGAGGGGGUGUGUCCCCCUUUAGGGGUCUGCAGGAAUGUUUAUCCAUCUUCAUCCAGGUGCGACCCUGGAGCACUAGAACCAAAAACACCAAAAGGUCUUUUAUGUUUUUCAACUGAUCUGAAGAUUUUUUUGUCUUUCUUAUUUGGGUAUAUAAGGGAAGUGACAAAAUACUACUUUGGAAUUUCUGUAGUCAGAAAACCCCAUGCAGUGUGUGAGGGUCUCUGGAGCUCUCACUGCUGUGUGUCUCUCUGCUGUCAGGUAUGAUUCAAAAAUGUACUUGUGUUAAACACAUUGUGUCCAUAGAGCACACUGUAUAUAGUUGUUUGUGCUAUGUCUUUAUUUUCUAAAACAUCUAAGUGCUUUGCUAUGCAUUUGAGACCGUGUGUCUUGUGUUAAAUUAGGAUAACUGUUACAUAUGUGACUAUGUUAAAUUAAUUCGUCUCCUGCGUAGGUCACUUGGCUAUUUCCCAUAUAGCCACAGUCUCUAUGUACAGGAGCAGGGUUGCCACGCGGUUACAAUGUGAUUCACAAUUGCAUUAUCCUUUCUAAAUUGGCUUCUAAUUGUUUCAUUAUGUAACUGCCAUGAUACAACUUUA